AUGCACCGCAAAAAAUAUCUCAAGAAUUGCCUACAGUGCGGAUUUAGUAGUUGCAAUGCAUUUCAUUCGUUGUUUGUUUGCCUAUUUUGAACUAUAGCGAUGAGGCUACAAGCAUCAAAUGUAGUCUCAUUCAUUUAAAAGCGUAGGCUUGGGAAGAUGUGUCCUUAACUGACCCCAGCCGAUUGCUAUGGGUCUUCCAACCACCUAACAAACCUAAAACCGAAAGUGUAUAGGUAGUCAUUGUGUGACGUAUUGUAUUUGUCUAUAGCAGGCUUCAUGCUACAGACUACAUUCAUUAGACAUUCAUCUACAGUAGGCUACGAGUAGGCUACUUUGGCUGCAGUUCAGUGCUGUAUGUUUAGUUUCGAAUAUUAGUCCUCAGACUGCGAAGAUCCGCAGGGGAUCUGUGUUUCAGUGAAUGGCUUGGGAUUAUGGAGGAUGUAGAUGAAAAUGAUGUUCUCGCAGUGCUGGACCAGGAAGCUGUGGAGUUGGUGGACCUUCUCCGCUCUCAGGCACCCGCUGUUCUAGAAACGUUAUAUAGUAUGAUGGACCACCGAUCGAGGCGGCGACUGGAGAGACUUGACUUGUUGGGGCGCUUGGCUGAAAUGAUAAAAUACUUCAGAGCCUCCGGCCCCGCGCUCUGCAGCCAGUUUUUGGAGACGUUGUGUAUGGAAUGUGAGAACAUCCCUAUGCGCCUGGAAUCUCGCCUCGUGUCUGUGGCCGGGACAACGAGUGUACCAAUGGAGACUGUUGACUGCUCAUCUCACCUUGUGGGGGAAGACAACUCACUGUCUCACGCUCAUACACUAGAGGGCCAUGGAAAACGCCAGUGCAUAGACCAUGUGGGGUGCUACAGCGCAGCAAUACGGAAGAUGCUGCUGCAGAGGUGGGAGAGGGCGGUGCAGAACGUGCUGACCGAGGUCUCUCUGGACGAGACCUGGGUUUCCCUGCGCCAUGGCAACCCCGGCAAGCCUCGGGACAGACCAGACCGAACCCCAACCGCAGACAGAAUGGACAGAACAACAGAUAUUUUGGAGGUUGAGGAGGGGAUCAUGGAGGACAGGGUGUCAGUUGCUUCAUUUCUGGAACGUUCUGCUGGUAAGGUGGUGGUACUGCUGGGCCCAGCAGGCUCGGGGAAGACCCUCCAGAUGUCGUGUGUGGGCCAGCGCUGGGCCCAGGGUCUCCUCCCCUCCUACUCCCUCCUGGUGCUGCUGGAGUUCAGACAGCUGAACCUGCUGACCAGCCCUCUGUCACUGGCCGACCUACUGCUGCAAUGGUUCCUCCAGCCACAGGGGGGCGACCCUGAGGCCAGAGCUGUACUAGACUUCAUCUCGGACAAUCCAGAGAGGACCUGCUGGAUUCUGGACGGCUACGAUGAGUUCCACUCCAAGAUUCAACUGGGGAAGGAGAGGGGCAGCCAGGAGAGGGGCAGCCAGGAAGGGGCGUUGGGGGGAGAGAUGGAGGAGAUGGGUGGGGCUCUGAACCUCUGGAGCCCUCUACCCAUAGCAAGGCUAGUGUCUGGGCUCUGUAGCCGCAGGGUACUCCCAGGAUGCACCUUGCUGCUAACCUGUCGUCCACGGGACCUUGGGGACCUUGAGGAGGGUGUGGACUGCGUGGGCGAGCUGCUGGGGUUCGACCGCUGCCGUGUUAAGGAAUACGCAGCAAAGUACUUCCAGGUCAGAGGUCAGGGUCAGGGCGAGGAGGCACUGAAGAUGCUCCUGACUAACAACCACCUCCUCAGCCUCUCCUACCUCCCCUCCCUCUGCCAUAUCUGCUGUGUUUACCUGGAACACAUGCUCUGCCCUCAGGCCUCUCAACCCUCUCCCCAGGACUGCCCCCGGCCUCAGCUACCCCAAUCCCACCAAACCUCCAAGCUCCCUUCCACUCUCACCCAGGUUUACCUCACUGUCCUCUGGGCACUCCUCUGCCAACGCCCUGGCAAGACUCCUCCCCGGGCCCCAUUGCACUGGCCUGGGGGACCGCCGCCCCUACAUGUCUACAGGUCAGAGGUCAGGGAGCUGGGGCGCCUGGCCAUGCAGGGGCUGGAUAAGGGCAAAAUCCUCUUCCUGUCUGAUGAACUUACUCCAAAACUUCUGGACCUGGGCUUAAGGACUGGGCUUCUCUCACAGGUGGAGGUGACUCUGCAGGACGUAUCCAGGGGGAAGGGCUUCACCUUCACCCACCUGACCCUACAGGAGUUCCUGUGUGCCCUCCACAUCAUGACCAGCGACGAGGUCAACGAGGCCCAGCUGAAGAGGAAGUUCAACCUCAGAAGCCGCUGGACCACCAGAGCUGACCCCAAGACUGUCUUCACUGACUCCCUGCACCUGUACAUGUGUGGACUGGCUUCACCUGCCUGCACCCCUACUCUGGUCAGACUGGCAGAGAAGGCUGGGGCUGGGGAUAGUGCUGGGGCUGGGGCUGGGGGGAGAACUCUGUCUGGGUCUGGUUUUGGUGCCGAGACCUGGGUGAAAAAGCACCAGGCAGUGGUCUUAAAGCUGCUGAAGAGUCUUGCGGGCAGCUCCAGUCUGACUGGACCCAAGGUGGUGGAGUUGUACCGCUGUGUGCAGGAGACCCAGAAUGUAGAGCUGGCGAGGGAGGUCGUGGGGUCACGACCCUGCAUGGAACUGAGGAACAUCCGCCUGAACCCUGUCGACCUGGACGCCAUCGCUUUUGCGGUGGCGUCCGCGGGAGUGGACUUCGACCUUGACUUUGGAGCAUGCUCAAUGGACCUGGAGUGUCUGGAUAUUCUACCCAGCUGUAAACACCUGCACCAUCUCACGUUUCGAGGCAGGAAGUACGAUGACUGGUUUGCAGAUAAGCUGUGCUCCAUCCUGCCCAAGCUGCCCACCCUCAGGAAGCUAGAGUUUACGAGUGCCAACCUGACUGAUGUAGGAGCUGCCAGACUGAGCAAAGCUCUGGAGGAAUGCCCAAAUAUCACUGACAUUAAUUUGAGUGACAACAGUCUGACAGAUGAUGGGAUCAGGGAGGUGGCUGAGGUCUUCUCCAGACUGCCCAACCUGGCCUCUGUCAUGCUGGGGGGUAAGAACAGCUGCUCUUUGGGAAGCGUCCUUGCGGUUCUAGAGAAGACCAGUUCCUCUGCCAACCUCGAAAGCAUUUAUGCAGACGGUAAGAAGGAGAUCAAGGUCGUGUUCUCUCUGAAGUCAAGCAUCAGCAGCCAUAAGGACACACCUGGACUCACCGUCAGACUGCUGAACCAGAAGAUGAGCGGGCAGCAGGUCUUAAGACUGUGUGAGCUCCUGGCCUGCUUCCCUGCCCUCUCUGUCCUGGAUCUGUCAGGUGGUCUGUGGGAGGAGAACAGUCUGCAGGCCCUGACUGGAGCUCUGCAGCAGCUGUCCAUCACACAGAGUCUCCUUCUGAACGACAGCUCACUGUCUGUGGACGAACUGCUGGCCAUGACCUCACUGCUGUCCCAGUGUCCCAAUGUGGUGAAGAUAGACAUCAGGCUACCAGUCCACGUGUCCGUGGAGUUCAUUGGAAGCAGACAGACACACAACCCUGGAAAUGAGACAGAAGCCACAGGUGUGGGGGUGGGCAUGAAACUCCGCAUGCAGGGCUGUGGCCUCCUCCCCUCGCACCUGGAGCGCCUGUCUGACAGUCUGGUGCGAUGCUCUGACCUUGCGCUGCUGGAUCUUUCUCGUAACUCCCUAGGUACCAAAGGUCUACAGGUGCUCCUGGAUCUCCUUCCCCAGCUCAGCACCAUACAGCAGAUACACCUGGGUGAGAAUGACGUCAGCAUGGAGGGUGUUUCCCUGCUGGCUGGGGCCCUCUGCUCACAAAGAAACCUGUCGGAAGUGUCUGUCAGUGAUGGAGGGAAGAAGAUUGUGCUCCUGAAGUUUCUCCCCAGUACUGGACAUCAGCCCUCAGACCCCAGGAGCUCAGGUGGUCUGGACCAGGGGAAGAAACUGGGGGUGACCUCCAGUGCUCUGAAGGCUUUAGAUGUGACCAACCUUUGCAGGAAGCUACUGCAUUGUCCCAGCCCCCUGGAGAUCGAUUUGUCUCACACGUCUCUGAAGGAUGAGGCUGUAGGCUCGCUGCGGAAGAUCCUGCCCCAGAUGACAACCCUACACACGCUCAAUCUCAGCCACGCCCACAUGUCCACCAAUGGAGCGCUGCUAUUAGUCAGCUGUCUGGGAGACUGCCAGCGGGUCAGAGAGGUGGAUCUCAGGUGUCAGGGAGAGUCCUUCAUCAGGCUGGGCGAGAAGACAGACAGACGUUCCUGCAGGUUAUCUCAUUACUCUCUGAGCUGUGCCAACGUGGAAAACCUGUCUCGCAUCCUGCAACAGUGCCCCAACUUGUCUGACUUGGAUUUGUCCAGUAACCUACUCAGGGAUGAGGGCGUGAAGACGUUUGUGGAAUAUCUUCCGAGCUUGCGGAUUGCCAGCUCUGUCAGCCUGAACGAUAACGGACUGAGCAAGGAAGGUUUGCUCCAUCUGGUCAGUGCCAUCCUCAGCUGUGCCCGGGUCUCCUCGGUAGAAGUCAGUUUGGGGUCUGAAGAGAGAUUGUCAAUCCGCUUUCAACCAGACAACCAUUGUGGUCAAACUUUGAGUCUGAACGCCUGCAGCUUCCAGGAAGAACAGCUCAGCAGGCUUGCCGAGAUCCUGUGCAGCUGUGCCUCGCUUGACAAACUACAGCUGAGGGACAAUGGUCUGGGUAUGCAGCAGGUGGUGGGUCUGGUGGAACAGCUGAUUUGUGAUCACAGACAGCGCUCUGUAAGUGUUAAGGAGCACUGGGUCGGUGCACAGACUGCUGUCGAGCUGGUGUCAUCCUGCCUGGAGCUGAACCCCAACAUACACACCCUCAGGGUGAACCACUCCACACUCCACAUCACCCUGAAGGACAAGACAGAGUUCUACCGGUCCAGCGGAGGGUCCUCUGGCUGUUUGCCUGUGGUCAAAAUCAGCCUGGUUGACAGUGCAGAGUCAAGGCUCCACCUAGAGGCCAUGAGCAGCGUUCUCCAGAGGUGUGCUUUCCUGCAGGAUCUGCUUCUGUCUGGCUGCAGCCUGAGUAGAGAGGGGGUAAAGGUGCUCUGCUCUGCCCUGCCCUCCCUGGCCCACCUCACUACACUCAGUCUGGACUCUAAAGAAACGUGUGAGGAUGGGGUGAUUCUCCUGGCUGAGGGGCUACUGCACACCAAGACCUUACAGAACCUCAAGCUGACAGGUCAUGUGAUCUCAGACAUAGGAGUUGAGGCCCUGAUCCGGGCCCUCACGGGCCUGCCUGCUCUGACAUCUGUGGAUCUUUCUCUGUGUUCUGGUUGGACGGCCGCAGGGGGGGUGGAGCUUAUGAGCGGACUGGGACAGUGUGUCUUCCUACAGAACAUCAACCUGGACUCGGUCUCUCUGGAUGAGCAGAGCCUCUCCUGCCUGACCCAGGGGCUUCCUCACCUCUCCUCUCUCAGGACGCUCAAUCUGAACAAUGUGAUGGUGAGGAACUCAUCAGAAAACCAGGCUGUUGUGCUCCUGUUGGGCUCUCUGAAGAGACUCACAUACCUCGAGGAGAUAGAGUUGGACUGUUUGAGGAUGGGUGAUGGAGGCGUGGAGGAGCUGACCACACAUGUGACCUCCUGGACUCAGCUGAGGAGACUCAGGCUGUCCCAGAACCUUGUGAGUGACCCGGCAGGUGACAAGCUGCUCCAAGCUCUGUCUUCCUGUUCGCACCUCCAGGAAUUGCAAUUGUCCGGCAACAGCCUCGGAGUGGCUUGUGCUGCAAGGAUGGCCCAGGUUCUGCCCUCCCUUACGCACAUUGCAGUUCUAGAUCUGUCAGAGAACAAGUUUGGUGCAGAGGGAUCUGCCAGCCUUUCCAAAGCCCUGGUCUCCAUGAAGAGCCUGGUCAAGCUACACCUAACCUCCAUAGGAACCCCAGACCUCGCUAGCCUGGCUGCCAGCCUGGACCACUGUGUUUCUGUACAGGAUGUGAGUUUGGCAUGGAAUGGUUGUCAGGACGACGUCGCUGUAGAGCUAGCCAAUGUUCUGCCUAGGUGUCUGAAGCUACAGAGAUUGGACCUGGAGGCAAAUGACAUCAGCAUUGCUGGAGCAGAGACUCUGGUCAGAAGCUUGAAAUCCUGCCCCUCUCUCCAGCUGCUCAGGUUGUGGAAGAACAGGAUUUCGCAAAGUGAUGCUUGUAGGCUCACACAGAAGGACCAAAGAGUGAACUUCUCAUCAACAUGAGAGCCUGUCUGUCUGUUAGCCUUUCUGUCUGUCUGUUAGCCUUUCUGUCUGUCUGUCUGUCUGUCUGUCUGUCUG